UUGGUUUAUUGUCUAAAAGACCCCUCAUUCAUGUUUGAGCUUCAAAGCAAAUUGGUUCCCGCAUCCGAGUUUUGAUUAUCGGCGACAAUUUUACACCCCACAGAUUUUUGGUAAUCCUUUUCCAGCAGUCGCAGAUUUGAGCGCCUUCCUAUCUGGUUCCGCUGCCCAGAAUUGGGAAUUUCUAAUCUGAGGUUAUUCGCAAUGGCAAAUGAUGACAAUUUCCGUAAGAAUGUGAAUCAGCAGAAUGACAUGGCCACCAUAAUGUUUUUGCUUGAGGAAAUUAUACGUAACUAUCAAAUAAACUUGCUGCUCAUAUCUUUUAUGAUCACAUUGAUUGGCCCGCAAACCCGCAAGCGUAAGCGCUGGGACAGGCUUGGCCAGUCUGUGGUCCUUGAUUCUAUUCCUGCUCACGUGCGGCACCUCGAUAGACUAGUUCGUGUAACAGAUAGAGCGUGCAUCGACAAUCUGAGGAUGGAUAGGAACACCUUUGGGCGGCUGUGUCGUAUUCUCCGUGACCGUGUCGGCCUAAUUGAUCAAAAACUAGUUACGGUUGAAGAACAAGUAUCCAUGUUCUUAUGUGUGCUUGCACACCAUAAGAAAUCUCGCAUAGUUGGGUACAAUUUUAUGCGUUCAUCACAAACGGUGUCAAAGUACAUACACAUUGUUCUCCGCGGAGUUCUCACGCUGCAUAGUAUCUUUCUGGCAAAGCCCACACCCAUAGAUGAAUCGUGCUCUGACCGAAGGUGGCAAUGGUUCAAGGGUUGUCUGGGCGCAUUAGAUGGAACUUAUAUACAUGUACGCGUCCCAAUUGCUGACGCUCCUCGAUAUCGUAACCGAAAGGGUCACAUAACAACCAACACUUUGGCGGUGUGCGACCCACAGCUCCGAUUCACUUACCUCCUUCCAGGUUGGGAAGGAUCUGCCGCUGAUUCGAGAAUUCUAAGGGAUGCCGUCACCAGACCGUUAGGUCUGAAAGUUCCUAAAGGAUGCUACUACCUAUGCGACAGUGCCUACGCAAAUGCGGAUGGUUUCUUGACACCGUACAAAGGUAUACGUUACCAUCUUAAGGAAUGGGGGGUUGGAAGACAGGCACCACAGACACCGGAGGAGCUGUUCAAUUUAAGGCAUACAAAGGCGAGGAAUGUCAUCGAACGAUCAUUUGCCGUGUUGAAGAUGCGGUGGGGUAUACUCCGAUCUGCAAGUUUCUAUCCCAUAGAUAUUCAAACUGGACUGAUAAUCGCAUGUUUUCUGUUACACAAUUACAUAAGAAGUGAAAUGGUGGUUGAUCCUAUAGAGGCUGAAUUGGGCAAUGAGACUGACAAUGACGACGAAAGUGACAACGACAACACACUCGGUGGUGAUCAUAUCAGCUGUGUAGAACCAACAGCUGCCUGGACCAAAAAAAGGGACGAUCUUGCAAGGGCUAUGUGGGCAGAGAGAAAUCGUUGAUAAUUUGUGGUGAUUGUUGGGACCUUUGUUAUGUAUGAACUUACUAGUUUGAGUUUUCCCUGUGGAGACAUGUUUAAAAACGCAGUUACUCCUUCUGUCUCUAAAUGAUUUAUUUUUGGUCUUUUUCUAGUUAUGAUUGAACUUAUUAUAAAGCAUACAUGAUAUAUCAGAAUGCA